CCAAUCCCGUCAGGCAGAUUGCCGAACAAAGAGAACCCUAGGAGCCGGCCGUGUCCUGUCCGCCAUGGACGAGGCGCAGGAGAUCCUCCUGAGCUCUCUCAGCAGCUCCGGGGUCUCCCUCCCCGCCGGCGUCUCUUCCAUCAAAGAUCUCGGCCCGGACGCCCUCGUCUCCAUCUGCUCUCAAUCCCUCCGCCUCCUUGACGACGAUGAAUCGUCCCCGUCCUUCCCCACCUCCCUUCCCGAGUCCACCGCGGAGCGCUUCAAGAUAUGUGCCGACGUCGCCUCUGCCGUCAAAUCCCUGGGAUACCGAGGCGAUCUCAGCUUCCACCAGUUCCUGUAUCCUUCUUAUGAUGACUCAUACAAGUUGGUAAGAUUUUUGGUGGAGAGGCUAUCUGGAUCAUCUGAAGGUAGAAGAGCCAGAGAAAAUACAGCAACCAAAUCUGCUUUGAGUAGUGGUGAAAUUACUGGUGACAUCCAUAAUGAUACAUUAGAGAAGCUUAAAGAAAAGGAGGACAAGGUGAGGGAGAGUCAAAGUAAAGAUAAUUUUCUUUGCGAAAGAAGAUCUUGGGGGGAAUCAAAUAAAGGCAUUGCAGAGCCAGCUGAGACGGUUGCUGAGGAGGUAUACUCUGAUGUGUUGCUUGACACUAAUGCAGUUCCAGGGCAGUCAGGUGGGUCAGCUGAGACUGGAACACUCUAUUCUGAGCGCAUAGAAUCCAGUGAUAUCAAGAGCCAUUGCAGCAAGGAAGGUGUUGAAGAUGCUCCUGAAAAAUCUAUGAACUCUGAGAAAGAAUUAUGUGUUGAUGGAGAAGAUAUGACCCAAACAGACAAGUAUAUUGCUGAACUUGAACGAAAAUUAGCUUCUCUGCAGGAGCAAUUAUCCAAGGUAAACCAUAUAAAAAAAUUGAUAUCCUUCCUAUUGAUCAAGUAACUGCAAUUCAACAACUGGUUAUUUUAUAUGAUUUCAUGCCGCUUUUCUGAUGUAUUUAUAUUUUCUAUGACUAGUCAAUGCACAGCUAUUAACUUGUAUCAUUAAACAAAAGUUUGUAUGAUAUGGAAGAUAACUGUUCAUUGGAUUCUUUAGAGUAAGAGGUGCAAGUAAUUUCCAAUGCUGAAGGGCGAUCUUUCUUUUCAUGUAAAGUUGUCUGACAAACCUCUUUCUUUUCAUGUAAAUUGUCUGACAAACCUCUUACUAACAUUAGUGCGCAUUGCCUGAUUUCUUCUGACUUGUUGUUCCAUUUAUGAAUAUCUUUAGUUGUUAAUCCAAAGACUCAGUUUUUAUUUUUUUAUUUUUCCACUGGUCUCUGAAAUAUAGCUGCUGGGCUAGCAAUUUGUUCCAUGAUGCACUUCUUCUUGCUUGAUGGCAUACAUCAUUCAGGUUGCAUGCUUUGGGCAAAUAUACAUUCCAAACUUCUCAUUGUUUGGUUUACAUAAACCUAGAUUGAUAUUUAGCAUUGAUUUUCUUUUGAAGGUUUGAUGCUUUAUGGUGCCUUUUGUCUUAAUGAAGUAUAUCGUUUCUUUUAAAUAUAGAAAACAUGCUGACUCUACUGGUUUCCUUGUCUUCUGUGUAAUGCAGUUAAGGAAUGAAUCUGACAGCUUGAAAAAUCAAGAAGAUAUGAUGACGGAGGCAAAACAGGUGAAGGCCUUGGAAGUUCAGAGCCUUGAAAGUGAGCAUGAGCUCCUAAAAGCAGUUAUGGAUAUGGCAUUAGAUGAACAACAUUCUGUUGGCUUCUAUAUUGAAAUGCUAAAUGGAUGAGUAGAAGCAAAAAGGCAGAGUCUUAUGAAAUUGGAAUCACAGUGGUAGGACAUUGUGGAAUGAUCUCAAGCAAACAGUGGAACAGAGACAGAUGAGAGAGGAGCAGUCACUAUAUGCUGAGAAAUCUUCA